AGUUGUGCUGGCCUUCCAAGGCGAGAGCAGCGCGGAGCCCAUGGAAGAGAAGCAGAUCCUGUGCGUGGGGCUCGUGGUGCUGGACAUUAUCAAUGUGGUGGAGAAAUACCCAGAGGAGGACGCGGACAGCAGGUGCCUGACCCAACGAUGGCAGCGUGGUGGCAAUGCCUCCAACUCCUGCACCAUCCUUUCCCUCCUAGGAGCUCCUUGUGCCUUCAUGGGCUCCUUGGCUCCUGGGCAUGUUGCUGACUUUGUCUUGGAUGACCUUCGCCGAUACUCUGUGGAUCUGCGCUACACAGUCCCCCAGCGUGUGGGCUCCAUCCCCAUCUCCACUGUCAUCAUCAGUGCAGCCACUGGCAGCCGCACCAUCCUGCACGCUAACAGCUUCCUGGUGGCUGACUUUAAGUAUCGGGGUGUGGACUCGUCGCAGGUGGUAUGGCAGAACAAGGGAGAAACUCCUUGCUCCUGCUGCAUCGUCAACAACUCCAAUGGUUCCCGUACCAUUGUCCUCUAUGACACAAACUUGCCUGAUGUGUCAGCAAAGGACUUUGAAAAGGUUGAUCUGAACCGGUACAAGUGGAUCCACAUUGAGGGCCGUAAUGCAUCUGAGCAGGUGAAGAUGCUACAGCGGAUAGAGAAGCACAACAAGAAGCUUCCCCGAGAGCAGCAGGUCAGGACCUCUGUGGAAGUAGAGAAACCCAGGGAAGAACUGUACCAGCUUUUUGCCUUUGGGGAUGUGGUUUUUGUCAGCAAGGAUGUGGCCAGGCACAUGGGGUUUCAGUCAGCUGCAGAAACCCUAAAGGGGUUGUACAGCCGUGUAGGGAAAGGGGCUGUGCUAGUAUGUGCAUGGGCAGAGGAGGGAGCAGAUGCCUUGGGCCCUGACGGAAGGCUCCUUCACUCUGAUGCAUUCCCACCACCUCGAGUGGUAGAUACCCUGGGGGCCGGAGACACCUUCAAUGCCUCUGUCAUCUUCAGCCUUUCUCAGGGGAAAAGUAUGCAGGAGGCAUUGACUUUUGGUUGCCGAAUAGCAGGCAAGAAGUGUGGGAUACAAGGCUACGAUGGAAUUGUGUGAAGGCACUAGAUGUCAGAAGGCACAACCCUCAGUAGGCUCUAGGAGAAUAAGGAAGCCAGGGCAUUGCUGAGUGUCUCUACCUGCCCUGAUGUCAUGGUCAUCCAAAUUGCAGAGCAGGUGCAGCCAGGGCUGGAACUUCCUAGCCCUACCACAGCUUGGUUCUCACCUAUUUUCUUCUUUAAUCCAAAUAAAAAUUCUUCCACCAA